AUGAACUGGCAGAACUGGUCGGGAAAACUCAGAGCCAAACCGAACCGCAUCGCUUUUCUGCGCAGCGAAGCAGACGCUGCUGCCCUGGCUAAACAAGCCGAUGCCAACGGUCAUCAGAUCCGCGUCGCCGGAGCCACCCACAGCCACUCACCACUGGUUGUCAGCGAUGACAUCGUGGCAGACCCUCAAGGACUCACGGGCAUUUUUGAUAUCGAUCAAACCGCUAAAACCGCAUGGGUAGGUGCAGGCACGCGCAUCUACGCCCUGGGACAACCCCUGCACGCCGCAGGCCUGGCUCUCACCAAUCAGGGUGACAUUGACCAGCAGGCUAUUUGUGGUGCAACCGCCACCGGCACCCACGGCACCGGCACCCGCUUAAAAAAUCUGUCAUCAACUGUGAUUGGCGCACGCAUUGCGCUCGCCAGCGGCGAGCUGAUUGAGUGCGGACCAGCGCACAAUGCAGAACUCUGGCAGGCCAGUCGACUGCACCUGGGUGCAUUUGGCAUCAUCACCCGGCUACACAUACAGCUCGAAGAGGCCUACCGGUUAAAGGAACACAGCUGGACUGCAAACCUAGCCGAUACCCUUGCGCACUUUGCAGAAGAUGCCGCGACUCACCGCCAUCACGAAUUCUUCUGGUAUCCCCACACAGAUGAAGCCCGUGGUAAAUCCAUCGAUCGGACCGAAGAGCCCGCUCAAUAUCCUUUAGGCGAUGAAGGUGAGCGCUGCGCAUGGAGCUACGAAGUGCUGCCGAAUCAUCGACCACACAAACAUACUGAAAUGGAGUACAGCGUGCCGUUUGAGAACGGCCCUUCGUGUAUGCAUGACAUCCAGCAGCUGCUGCAAACAGACUUUCCAGAUGUGCGCUGGCCUGUUGAAUAUCGAACCCUCGCCGCUGACGACGUCUGGUUAUCGACGGCCUAUGAGCGACCGAGCGUUACCAUCUCGGUACAUGAGGACAUCAGCCAGGAUGAUGAAAACUAUUUUCGCGCCUGUGAAGAAAUUUUUCUGCACUACCAAGGCCGCCCGCAUUGGGGCAAGGUCAACUACCUGAAUCGCGAACAGCUUGCCGGUCAGCACAGUCGCUGGAGCGACUGGUGGCGGGUACGAGAUGCAGAAGCUCUGGGCAUUGGCAACGUGAUGUUAUCCGAACGCUCUGAUUACAAGGAAAUAGCAGCCAUAUGUGGGGCCUGUGCAGCGGUAACGGAUAACAUCUAUAUCGGCACGUCAGGCACCAACCUCAAUACCCGCCACCCUGUGGUUACCGCCUCCAUGGGUUCCACUUUAAACAGCUUGUCAGAAGGUCGUUUUGCGCUGGGACUUGCGAAAGGAGUAAACCUGCGCUGGAAAGCCUGGGGUCUGAAGACGCCUACCUUUGCACGCGAGGCAGAAUUCAUCGACUUGAUGCGUAGGUUGUGGCGGGGUGAAACCGUUGUUGGACAUGACGGCGCACUGGGUAAAUUUGGCGCUCUGAGUCUCGCCCCGUACGUUUCGGAAGAUAUACCGAUCUUAUACGUUGGCUUUGGUCCCAGAAGUUUGCGGCACGCAGGCUCCGUUUAUGACGGCGCCCAUCUGCACACGUUCAUGAGCGACCAGGCACUGAGCAAUGCCGUGCAACAGUUCCGGGAAGGCGAAGCCGAGGCCGGCAAGACCGUCGGCAAAGGUAAGCUGUGGUCAGUGCUCGCAACCGCGUGUGACGUGCCAGAGGAAAAGUACCUCAAAUUUAUCAUCGCGCGCCUGGCAACCUACCUGCAGAUUCCGGGCUAUGGCGACAUGCUGGUCGCGGUCAACAACUGGGACCCUGAGAUUCUUCAGACUUUCCGCACACACAAAGCCGUCACCUCUGUCGGUGGGGCAAUUGACAGUGUUGCCAGCACCCAGCAGAUUGCAGAAGUUGCCAAGCUGAUUCCGGAACACUGGCGCCCAGCUGCCGUCGGGGAUGCAAAAACCUGCGCCCAACGCUGGGUAGAUCAAUUCACCGCCGGUGCUGACGGCAUCAUUAUCCACGCCAGCACCCCAGAGGAAUUUGCACCUGUGCUGGCUGAAUACAAGAAGAUAAGUGCCUUGAAAAAGUUUCUGCUCUCAGCGGCCGUCAUCAUCGUGGUCACCAUGAUUGCCGCGUACAUAUUCAGACAGCCUUUGAUGAUGGCCCUGGUCGGUUCACAAAUUAAGCCGGAACAGGUUUUCAGCCCGGACAGCGUACCAGCGGCGCCAGAUUACAGCGCCGACCAGAGCUGGGCAUCGCUACCCACCCUGACAGACCCAGCUGACGACUUACCCGAGGGGGUAAGUGUAAUGCCCACUGAUGUUGCGGUGUUCUUUGUCCACCCCACCUCAUUUAUCAGUAAAAAAGGCUGGAACCAGCCCCUGUCUGACGAAGACGCCAACUGGGUUGUUGAUCAGAGAAUACUCAGACAUCAAGCCUCCGUUUUUAACGGCUGUUGUGAUGUGUACGCACCACGCUACCGACAGGCCACCUUUUUCGCCUUCCUGGACAACAGCAGCAGCAGCCAGCAGGCCUUAAAGCUUGCUUAUGACGAUGUCGAUGAAGCGUUUUCUGAGUUUCUCACACGCAUCGGGCCAUCUACGCCUUUUAUCAUUGCAGGCCAUUCCCAGGGUACGCGUCACGCAACACAACUGUUGGAUGCGCGGAUAGCCGAUACUCCUCUCCUCGACCGCAUGGUCGCCGCAUAUCUGAUUGGCUUUUCAGUAUCCCACGAGCAACUGGGAGACGUACCCGCAUGCGAUACGCCCACAGAUGUACACUGCGCCAUUGGCUGGAAUGCUAUGGAGGGUUCAGGCAGCGGCGCUUUUGGCGAUACAGACAACCUGUUAUGCACAAACCCCCUGACCUGGCGGGUUGAUGAGGAGUACGCAGACAACAGCUUGAAUACGGGCGCUAUCGGCUACCCCACCUACGGACGAGGUAAACCGGACGAAGACGUUACUGCAAUGAACGUGGAGGUCGGCGUUGCAGAUGCACAGUGUGAGGGUGGACAGCUGGCAGUACACAACCUCAAAAGUGAUGCUUUUCCCUCGAGAAUGUUAGGCAACAGCAUGCACGUUUACGACUACAGUCUGUUCCAUAUGAAUAUGCGCACUAAUCUCCGAGAGCGCAUUUCCGCAUUCCUGGGGCGCUAG